AUGCCCCAGGGCUGUAAUUACAUGUCUCUGUCCUGCUCUCCGAGGCAGAGGGCGGUUGGGGAGGUUUGUGGGGCCUGUGAAUCAGGAGCUCAUGAGAAGAGUGGUGGCUGGUGUGGCGGAGAAAUUAGGGCCUUGGUGCAGCCAGCGUGCGACGGCUGGCAGCCCAGGACACGGCCAGCGCCCAGCCCCUGCCCACUGGAGCCCACAUCAGGGCACGGAGGGCCAGUGGUCAGAGGGGCCACCAAAGACAUGGGGAAGAUGCUUGGGGGUGAGGAGGAGAAGGACCCCGACGCAGCCAAGAAGGAGGAAGAACGUCAGGAGGCGCUGAGGCAGGAAGAGGAGGAACGUAAGGCCAAGUACGCCAAGAUGGAGGCAGAGCGCGAGGUCAUGCGGCAGGGCAUCCGCGACAAGUACGGCAUCAAGAAGAAGGAGGAGCGUGAGGCCGAGGCCCAGGCCGCCAUGGAAGCCAAUGCGGAGGGCAGCCUGACUCGGCCCAAGAAGGCCAUCCCGCCGGGCUGUGGGGACGAGGCCGAGGAGGAGGACGAGAGUAUCCUGGACACGGUCAUUAAGUACCUGCCGGGGCCACUCCAGGACAUGUUCAAGAAGUAA